AUGGGAGGAGGGCCCUGGGGUCCGAGAUGGACGUGCGCUGCUCUCUGUGGCUGGCGUCGGAGCCACCCUGGCUUGACGGCAGGGGUUGCGGAGCGGAUAGAACAUUUUCUUUGGCUGGGACGGAGGGGGCCGGGGGCUGCCGAGAGGGGACUGAGGCGGCUUGGGACGUGGAGGCGCCCGAGCCUGGCGCGGGGUCCGAGCGCGGGGCCGCAGUGGCGGCCGAAGGGCAUGAACCCUUUCACGCGUGCGCAGGAGGAGGACUGGCGGCGGCGGAACAGGGUGCUCACGUACGUGGCCGCGGGCGUGGGCAUGCUGGGGGCGUCCUACGCCGCCGGGCCCCUGUAUCGGCUCUAUUGCCAGACUACCGGCCUUGGAGGAUCAGCAGUAGCAGGUCACGGAUCAGACCAGGUGGAAAACAUGGUGCCUGUUAAGGACCGGAUCAUUAAGGUUACCUUCAAUGCAGAUGCACACGCCAGUCUCCAGCGGAACUUUAGACCUCAGCAGUCGGAGAUCUACGUGGUACCAGGAGAGACUGCUCUGGCAUUUUAUAAAGCUAAGAAUCCUACUGACAAACCAGUCAUUGGAAUUUCUACAUAUAAUGUUGUACCAUUUGAAGCUGGACAGUAUUUUAACAAAAUACAGUGCUUCUGUUUUGAAGAGCAAAGACUGAAUCCCCAAGAAGUAGACAUGCCGGUGUUUUUCUACAUUGAUCCUGAAUUUGCAGAAGACCCAAGAAUGGUGAAUGUUGAUCUUAUCACGCUUUCUUACACAUUUUUUGAAGCAAAGGAAGGGCAUAAGCUGCCAGUCCCAGGUUAUAACUGAAGU